AUGCGUUUUCUCCUCACGUACGGCUCCGACGAGGACUUCGAGCGCGGCGUCCUGGAGACGCUCGCGACGCGCCCGGCGAUCGCGGACCUCCCAGACCGCGAGAGCAAGCUCGCGGUGCUGUUCCGUCACCUGGACGACGACGACAGCGGCGACCUCACGGUGGAGGAGAUGUUCGCGGUGGCGACGGACGUCAAUCCCGCGUCGCGGAGAGCGCGAGAGGAAGUCAGGCGCGUUCUAUACACUGGUCCCCAUACGACCGCGUCCGCGUGGUGA